AUGGAUAAAGCAUCAUUUCUUGAGGAGUGGCUUAAGGUGCUAUGCGCAUCUCUGAAGGAGCCAGAGGCUGAACAUAAUUCCACGAUGAACCAAAAGAAAGAGGUAAUAUUGAAAGCAAUAAAGUCGCUUAUUGAGGUGUUUGAAGGCAGGAAUUAUCAUGCAAUUGCACAAAGGUUUGACAAGCUUGCCAACAGCAUGCAUUGCCAAAUGUUCAUUUUGCGUGUGAACACAGCCCAAUACACUAUUGAAGAUCUGUCCUCUAGAUGCGGUGACUAA